AUGGACAACUCAAGGGCUCAUUACGGCCGGAGGGGCGUUAACAUGGGCAACGUCAUCGGCGACCCUUUUGCCCUUGCAACAACCUCCAUUGCCAUGCUCGCCUGGACCAUCGCAUUUAUCGCUUCCGUCGUUUCCGCCGUACAAGCACGUGCAGAACGCCCAUACCCUUCCUACGCGUGGUGGGUCCUAAUAUACGAACUCAUCCUCAUUCUCGGCGUUUUCUUCGUCGUCGCCGCCGAUACCAUUCAGACAUAUCACGCCGCCCUGUCGGCCUAUCUCGCUGCCGGUCUCGCCAUGCUGUCCGUGCUCAUCAACUCCAUCGUCUACUCCUCGCAGGGUGCUCUCCAGGCUGCCUCCGCAGGCUUCAUUCUCCUGGCCAUUGUGACGUUUGUAUGGAUAUUCUAUUUCGGCUCGGCGCCGUCUGCCUCGCCCCGCGCAUACAUCGACUCGUUCGCCCUGCAGAAGGAGUCGGCCGCCCGGCAUACCAUGAACUACGGAGGCGGCCGCCCCGAGACUUCCACCUCCGUGCAGCCUCCCCAGAUGUACACGUCGGCACAGCUCAACGGAUUCGAAAAUCCUUCGCCCGUCGCCGGCGUCUCCCAGUCCCAAGCUCGCAACUCGUCCAACCCCACCAACGUCAGCGCGUCCACGGCCCCGGCGACCAAACCCGUAGGCCAGGAUCAGGAAGUCGGCCCACCCACCGAGUACCCGUAUCAUGCCAAGGCCAUCUACAGCUACGAAGCCAAUCCUGACGACUCCAACGAAAUUUCCUUCAGCAAGCACGAGAUUUUGGAGGUCAGCGACGUGAGCGGUCGGUGGUGGCAAGCACGCAAGGAGAACGGCGAAACGGGCAUCGCCCCCAGCAAUUACCUGAUUUUGCUAUGA